AUGGCCGGCACCGAGGGACAAAGCAACCUCUCCUUCAUCCUCAACAAACCCCACGACGUCGAGUUCGCCGAGCGCCCCAUCCCCAAGCUCUCCGACCCCCACGAAGUCCUCGUCGCCGUCAACUACACUGGUAUCUGCGGAUCCGAUGUCCACUACUGGGAGCACGGCGCCAUCGGCCACUUUGUCGUCAAGGACCCUAUGGUCCUUGGCCACGAGUCCGCCGGCACUGUUAUCCAGGUCGGCGAGAACGUAAAGAACCUCGUAGUUGGCGACCGCAUCGCUCUUGAGCCAGGCUAUCCCUGCCGUCGCUGCGGCGACUGUCUUGCUGGUUUCUACAACCUCUGCCCCGAUAUGCGCUUCGCGGCGACCCCCCCCUACGAUGGCACCCUUGCCGGUUUCUGGACCGCGCCCUCCGACUUCUGCUACAAGCUGCCCGAUAACGUCUCCCUGCAAGAGGGAGCUCUGAUUGAGCCGUUGGCCGUUGCCGUUCACAUCACCAAGCAGGCCCAAAUCACCCCCGGUGCCUCCGUCGUCGUCAUGGGCGCCGGCCCUGUUGGUCUGCUCUGUGCCGCCGUAGCGAGGUCUUUCGGUGCUACCAAGGUCGUCAGCGUCGAUAUCGUCCAGUCCAAGCUUGACUUCGCCAAAGACCUCGCCUCUACUCACACCUACCUCUCCCAGCGCAUUUCCGCCGAGGAGAACGCCAAGGCUCUCAUCAAGCAGUGCGACCUCGGCGCGGGAGCCGACUGUGUCAUCGACGCCAGCGGCGCCGAGCCCUCUAUUCAGACCAGCUUGCACGUCGUCAGAAUGGGCGGCACCUACGUUCAGGGUGGCAUGGGCAAGUCCGACAUCAACUUCCCCAUCAUGGCUCUGUGCUUGAAGGAGGUUACUGCUCGCGGCAGCUUCCGUUACGGCCCUGGUGACUACAAGCUCGCCAUUGAUCUCGUCGCCAACGGCAGAGUCAACGUCAAGAAGCUUAUUUCCGGCAUUGUCGAGUUCAAGCAGGCUGAGGAGGCCUUCAAGAAGGUCAAGGAGGGUCAAGUGAUCAAGAUCCUCAUCGCCGGCCCCAAUGAGAAGGUCGACGGAACCUUCAGCACCGAGGUGGACCCCAAGAAGGCAGCCGAGAACAGCAACCAGGAUUCAAUCACUUUUUGCACUUUAUGGACUUAUCUCCGCGUGUCUCAUGCCGGUUCCGGCUCUACUGGGAAGUUGGGCAAGAUUGGCCAUUCAUUGUUCCUACACCAGGCUGCUUCUGCACUGCGUAGCAUCGUCACCGGCAGACGGGACCCUGGCCAAGUCCAACCAAAGUUAUCUUUGCGGGCAUGGCCACAUGUUAGCAUGUUAGCUCAAUACCAUUAUCAACGCCCAACGGCCACCAAAGUCCGAGUCUUUGCUAUCGCGACAACUCCUCAGAGCCUUAUUUCCCCCAUUUCAGAUAGUGGAGAGGAACUUGACGAAGCAUCCAUUCACGGCCACGAGAUAGACGAGCAACAGGCAUGUAAACUGCGCAAAACUCCGCCCUCCCGCUCAGCUGAAGACGCCACGAAGCGCACUAGCAGCUUGAGCGUCACUCUUGUCCCCAGAACCGGUCUAGCCCGGACGCCUUGGGUCCCACAACCUCACCCCCUCAAGCCGGGCAACUCAACCCCAGACAUGGUCUAUGAGAACAAACGUUCGCGCCCAGGACUCACCACAAAAUCCGUGUCGACCACCCGCAUUACCGCAGCCCUGCCAAGGCAAACGAUCAUCUCAACUCAUGGCUACUCACGGCCACUGAAGUCUCUCCUCGGCACGCUGGUUUAUCACAAGAACCCUGCAUCACUAUGGACGCCAUCAGGUACAUGUGGCACGCCCAGAGAGCAAGAAAAGAGAAUGAAGGCUGAAAGAGGGAGCGCUCUGGUUGGCUUCUCACUCCAUAAGUAUACCUGCAUCAUGCCCAUAUCCACCAUGGCGCUCUUGGUCUUUCUGUCUUUGAUUCCCCACGAGCUCGACAAGACCUCCAUCUCACUCACGCCAGGGCUGCCAACACUGACGAGUCGACAAAAACCAAUACCCAACAUCAACAGCCUCAAGCACAGCCUCAACCGCAGCCCACCACCGCCCAUGAUCAUGACCCCGGCGUGGAUGGUUGCCAUUCGUGGCGUACAGUUCUUCCUGGCCAUUGUCAUACUCGGUUUGUCAGCAGCUAUCAUUCACUGGGUGUACAUGGAUGAACUCGGCCUCGCUGUUGCUAUUCCUCUCUUCACGUGGAUCAUCGUACUUUACACUGUCCUCUCCGAAAAGAUUUCUUCUCUCCGCAACCUCUACCAUACCUACGCCGUCCUCGCUCUGGAUCUCUUCCUUGUCAUCCUCUGGCUCGCAACGAUGGGUGCCUGCGCCGCCCGUCGUGCUACCUUCACCGUUGACGUGACAGCCUCCUGUACCUCGGAUGGCUCUGCUGUGAACUCGGGAAGCUGCACCAUCUACAAGCGAUACAUCGUUAUGAGCCAGGGCGCGUUGGCCAUGUUUUCUGCUAUUGCAGGAUUAUCUGCCCUGCAGUUCAUCCUUUUCUUGGUGACCUUCAUCUGGACUCUUGUUCAGUUCUUGCGCUGGAGAAAAGCCAACGCACCUGCCGCUGCUGCAAGCGCCAGUCAGGGAGAGAUUCAGAUGGAGUCCAAGCAGCCGUUCCUCACGCAGCAGACUGCGUACCAGCAGUCGCAGAACGGCCAGGUUCCCCAGCAGCAGCAGCAACAGCAGCAAUUCUACCCGCCUCAGUCCUACACGCCUCAGCCGCAGGCUCCUCCUCAACAUACCAGGAGAUGCCGAGCCAGCAACCCCAGCAAUAACAGUAUCAGCAGGCUCCUCCGGCCCAGAACUACACACAGCCGCCGCACGACUAUCAGCAACAUCCGCAGCAGUACCCUCCUCAGUCAUAUACCCCUUCGCCUGUUAACGGCACAGUUUCGCCGACGCAUUCCCCACCCCCUCAAGGGCAGACUUACACCUAUCCCCCGCAGGAGCUUCGGUAGACAUCAGUUACGAGACACGAAGAGUCGACAAUGA